AUGUCUUCGAAUCCUCAUGAAAUGACCCUUGUUGCUGGGUCUUUGGCAAAUGAUCCACCAACAAAGAAUUCCCAACAGGAAAGACGAUCUAUGGACAAAGUCUACUCUCUCGACGCCGAGACCCAAUCGGUGACAGAAAUGGGGACUGGCGAAAUCAUUUCUUCGUCUGAUUACACAAAGGAGGAGUAUAAGCGCUUGACGAGAAAAAUCGACUGCUUCCUUCUCCCGAUGAUGUUCUUUUUCUAUGGCAUCCAGCAGACCGACAAGACUUCCACAAGUAUUCAAGCCCUGUUUGGAAUGGAAAACGACUUGGCACUGCAAGGCCAGCAAUACCAAUGGCUGACGACGAUCUUCUAUCUGGCGUACCUUGUUGGCGAAUUCCCUUCAGUGUAUCUGCUUCAGAGGUUCAACCCUGGCCGCAUUCUUUCGAUUUACAUGACAAGCUGGGGUAUUUGUCUCAUUUGCAUCAGUGCAGCCCAAAGCUGGUCACAAAUGAUGGCCUUGCGUGCCCUGCAAGGCUUCUUCGAAAGCAAUAUUUCAGCUGGGUUUCUUCUCCUCACCGGGAUGCGGUAUCGCACAGAAGAGCAUGCUAACAGAUCGCUUUUUUGGCAAUCGUCUGAAGGGUUCUUUUCAAUUGUGUGUAACCUCAUCCUAUAUGGAAUUGCUAGACAUGUCGAGGCAUACGGCAGGAUUGCAGCUUGGCGUUGCAUUUCACUGUUCCUUGGAUCUCUGACACUUGCUGGGGCGGUCGCUGCCUUUUUUCUUCUUGGUUCGCCACAUGAAGUUCGAUGGUUGAAUGACAACGAAAAAAGGAUGGCCGCCGCACGAACAUUUGACAACCAAAUGGCUCCGGAUACGACCGGAAGGGAAUGGUCAUGGCCACAAGUGAUUGAGACAUUUCAGGAUCCUCAACUAUACUUUUCCGUCGCCACUUCUUUUCUAGUCAACAUUCCCAAUGGGGGAAUCACAACUUUCGGUUCCCUAAUGUAUGAAACAUUUGGUUUCAGUGACUGGGAGUCCAUGCUAUAUGGCUGUCCACGAAAUGCUGUCUAUGUUGUCGCGUUUCUGGCUGUCGGAUACUACACACGAAAAGUGAAGAAUCAACGAAUGUGGGUGAUGAUAGCGAGUUGCAUCAUUCCCUUUGCUAGUUUUUUGGUGAUGUCCCUACUCCCGGAUACGCCUCAAUACAAAUGGUUAAAAUGGGGCAUGUACAUCAUUAAUGUCGUUUUCUCACUUACCAUCUUUCUUGGCUGGAGUCUAAUUCCGUCCAAUGUUGCUGGGAGGACCAAGCAGACUGUUGUCUCAUCCAUGACCUUGAUUGCUUACUGUAUGGGUAACAUGGCCGGUGCUCAGGUCUUCAAAACAGACGAUGCUCCCCGAUAUGUCUCCGGCACUAUUGCCUGCUCCGUCUGUUUUGCCCUCGCAACCAUCAAUAUUCUGGCCUGGAGAUCUUGGUACGUGUGGAUGAACAAGCGACGAGAUCGCCUCGCUGCUGAAAGUGAACUCUCGAAGGAGGAGCAAGAGCAGCGGGGACGUGAGCUGGGUGAAAAUAAUGUGACAGACCUAAAGAAUCCUUAUUCCCGCUACACAAUGUAG